AAGAGGAAGAGAAGGAGAGAGACAGGGACACUCCCUUUCCCACUCUCCAUCUCUCCCUCCUCUCUCUCUCUCUCUCUCUCUCUCUCUCUCUCUCUCUGUCAGCCUCUGUCCCUCUUGCUCCAGCUUGGCUACCUGCUCCUUUCUCCCAUUAGCUGCAGUCCUCUUUCCCUUUCAUCCUCUCUAUAUCUCCAUUGUGCCACACAAAAUGGGCUGCUUCGGGAACAGAAAGACUGAGGAGGAGCGCAAGGAAGAGAAGGAGCGGAGAAAAACCCACAAGAAGGUCGAGAAGCAACUGAAGAUGGAUAAGGAAGUCUUUAAGGCCACUCACCAGCUCGUCUUGAUUGGCCAUGGGGAAUCUGGUAAAAACACCGUGCUCAAACAAAUGAAAAUCUUGCAUGGGGACGGAUUUAGUGCCGAGGAGAGGAAAAUGAGAACCCAGGACAUUAAAAACAAUGUUAGGGAAGCUAUAGAGACAAUAGUCAGAGCCAUGGGGUGCCUGGAACCUCCAGUGGAACUGGCGAACCCAGAGAACCAGUUCCACAUUGACUAUAUUUUGAAUGUAUCCAACCAGCCAGAUUUUGACUUCCCAACCGAGUUCUAUGAACAUACGAAAGCACUUUGGCAGGACGAAGGGGUGAAAGCUUGCUUUGAGCGUUCGCACGAGUAUCACUUGAUUGGUUGUGCACAGUAUUUUCUAGACAAGCUGGACAUUGUCAAACAAGAGGAAUAUACGCCGUCCGACCAGGAUCUUCUCCGAUGCAAAUUUCAGACAUCCGGGAUCGUUGAUACCAAGUUUCAAUUGGACAAAGUAUAUUUGCAUCUUUACAUUCAGAGAUAUAUUGAUAGUCGCCCAAAUUGGAUGCAUUUUUUUGAUAAUUUGACUGCUGUUCUCUUCAUGGUGGACAGCAGUAGCUACAACUUACAGACUUUGCAUUGGAGUGACAAGGUUAUCAAGCUUCAGGAGCAAUUGGAGGUAUUCCAAUCUGUCUUGUACAACAGACAGUUGAGGAUGCUUUUCAAUCCGCGGCUACAGACCAUGACUUUCAUUGUUUUCCUGAACAAACAGGAUUUGCUAGCAGAGAAAAUCUUGGCAGGGAAAUAUAAACUGGAAGACUACUUUCCCGACUUUGCUCACUAUACCAUACCUGAGGAUGCAAUGCCGGAGCCUGGUGAGGAUUGUCGAGUUACAAAAGCAAAGUAUUUUAUCAGAGAUGAAUUCCUUAGAAUGUGUUAUUUUGACAAGCACAGCUACUAUACUCACUUUACAUGUGCAGUGGAUGCAGAAAACGUUCAGAAGGCUUUCAAUGAUUGUGGGGACGUGAUCCAACGUCUACACUUCAGGCAGUAUAAGUCAUUGUGAUGCAGGACAUUUCUCUGUUUUGGACGCCUUAUUAAGAAAAGAAAAGGAAAAGCCUGCCCACAUAAAGAGAACAAUGGCCAUCUCUCUCUUAUCUGCACUCCUAAACUUCUCCUCCUUUCCGGGCAAAGAGCAGCAUUUCAAAGCUUCAAAACAUUAUAAUGACAAAGGCCAUUUCUACAAGGAGCAGGUGAGUUUAUCUUAACACUGGGUUGUUGUGUGUUUUCCAGGCUGUAUGGCCAUGUUUCAGAAGCAUCCUCUCCUGACGUUUCGCCUGCAUCUAUGGCAGGCAUCCUCAGAGGUGGUGAGGUCUUGUGACAGCAUAUAGCUCGGAAAACUCACAACGAACCAGGGAUUGUGGCCAUGAAAGCCUUUAUUU